AUGGUGGCUCACGGUCGUGCGCGAACUGUGAAACAGUGGAAAAAUCGUCUAAAAUCACGCUCCCAUCGGGCGCUCGUGGUGCUGGAGGUGUUCGCGGUGCUAGUGUUCUUUGCGGGUGUGUUAUUGCCCGGUCAGUGCCAAGUGGAGGAAGUGGAUGACUUCGAGGAUCAUCCACACCAUCCGGAUCGUGAUUUCGAACACGUGCCGGCUCCGAGUAGUAAAGAAAUCAUCACCAAUCACAUCGUGUCCGAUGAUGGAGGCGCCACAGGUGUUUCCGGUGGCACGCACUAUCAGGAUGGAGAACGAGGCCCAAAUGGGGCGUCUGGCCGAUACACGGAGAUUGGUGGUGAUGUGGUGCUGGGCGAGAAGAUCCUGCGGGCAUCCGAGAGUCCUUACUCGCUCCGUACGGACCUGGAGGUGGAACGUAGGGCACGAUUAAUCAUUGAGGCCGGUGUGACGAUUCACUUCGCUCCGAUGGUCGGCAUUACGGUGCGCGGCUCGGUGGUGGCAAUGGGCAAUGCGGAACACAAAAUCACAUUAACCACGUUGCCGAACACCGGAUAUAGCGAUUUUGCGACAGACCCUCGAGAAGCCGGCGUGAGACUUGUGGACGGACCCAGUCCACUCGCCGGACGUUUGCAACUGAUCAACAACGGCAAAUGGCGCUCGGUUUGCUCCAACUCCAAAAACUGGACAAUCGCCGACUACGAGACCACCUGCCGGCAGUUGGGUUUCAAGGGUGGACGCUUCUGGAACUGGAUGGAUCGCAUCCCGAAUUACGAGCCUCGGCUGCUGUACGAGGAACCACGUUGUCUCGGUACCGAAGGAUCACUGUUCGAUUGUGCCUGGAACUCGCGGCAGGUUGGUUCGGGUGUGUGUGACUACCACAGUGACAUCGGGAUCCAGUGUUUGCCGUUGUUCGACCAAGUUACGCCCCAUUGGCGUGGGUUGAAGUUUGAAAACGCAGAAAGCAAGGAGACGCUUUCGUACAACCACGUGCUGUAUGAUUCGAUCUCACUAUCUCAGCUACGCUACGUAGACAUUGUUCGGGCUGGAACUGGACGUGGAGGAUCGGCAGAAGCUGCGAUCAGUGUCCUGGGAGUCCCACCGGUGCUAGAGUUCGUCACGAUCGAUCACUCCUCGUACACGGGCAUCAAUGUGACGAAGCAUGAUGCUGCGUUUAGCUUCCGCAAUGUGAGCGUAUUGCGUAGUCGCGGGUUCGGGAUCUUCAUGAACUCGAGCUACGGAUCUGCGCUUCUCGAGGGCGUAACGGUGAGUGAGAAUGGUGCCGAUGGGAUCCGGUACGUGGGACAUGAUCUGCGUGCGGAUGAGCGAACCGAUCGUAGCAAGGUGUUCGAUUUCUGCACGCUAACCUCAACCGCCUGGCAGAUCUACCCACUGCAGUUAUCCUUCGAACAGUCACCUUUCGCGCUCUCUCCGAAAGAGUGUGCGCGAUCCUUCGAAACCGCCUUUGGGUACGUGCUGACCAUGCACUUCGUGUACUUCGAAAUGGCACGCAACGAAUCGGCCCAGAUCACGGUGUAUGACGGUAUGUCCGAGAACGAUCGAUUGCUGGCAUCGUGGAAUGUACGGAACUUCACGCGACCACAGAGUGUUACCAGCACGAGAGAGAAGUUAUUCAUAAAACUGCAUGCGGAAUCGCGUUCGGCGGUGUUAGCACACUUUCGCGUUACGUCCGGCAUCACUAAGGCGUACGAUCUCAAUGUAACACAGGGUAUGAUCGUGGACAAUGGUGGGCGAGGCAUUGCGGUGGACAAUCUGCGAUCGCAGGUACACGUGCAUGAGACCACGAUCACCAACAACCGGCACGCUGCUGGAUUGCACGUAACUAGUGGAGCUGGCGAUGUCAAUGUGACGCAUUCUCGCAUCAACUUCAACCAGGGCGAUGGCAUCAACAUCACCUACUAUGGAGGGAACCGGAAUGUGUCACGCAGUUCAAUUGAAUCGAACCGUGGGUAUGGAUUCGCAGUUUGGUUGAACCACACCGUGACCGAUCGACAGGAGUUCCUCGAGUUCAACCAAACGACCACCGUUGAGUACUCGACUAUCUCCCGCAAUCUCGAGAUCGGAGUGCUGCACGGGAACUUCUGUGGUGACUCGUGGGUCAACGUUACUGGCAAUCUGUUCAACGAUAGUACAAGCGACGCGGUGGACAUUCAAUCGUGCUGGUUUGAAACGCACUCGGAUACUCGACGGCUGCGGUUGCAGAUCGGACACAACAGCUUCGACCAUUCCCACCGGAUUGCUGUUGUUCUUAAUCCGAUUCUGAAUCUCGAGGGCAGGAUCGAGUACAAUCACUUCACACGCGGUCACUAUGGCGCAUUACUGACACGCAACAAACCAUGGGAGGAGUUCCGAUCGCUGCCGGUGAGGUUGCUCGUUCAGCACAACCACUUCAUGAACAACGAGGGUAUCUACGUGGCUUCGUUGGGUCUGUCCCCGAACACCGAUAGCAAGACACAGUGGAUGCUGUUCACACGCAACUUCGUGAAAGGAAACCGCGUCAAGGAAGCAUUUGGACCGCUCGAGGACGAAGGCGAAGGACUCGGUGGAGAAGGCCGACUAAACCCGCGAUCGCGAGUCGCUGCACCGGUCGUGAUCUCUUCGAACAACGUGGAUGUCUUCCGGAACAUCAUCUCGAAUCAGGAGUCCCAGUAUGAGGUUGGUUCGCAGUUGUCCGAUCAGAGUAAAGCGCUGAACGUGACGUAUAACUGGCUGGGGAAUCAGGAUGAGGAGAAAAUCUACGAUCGUCUGUUCCACCGCAAGGAUCGGUACGAUCUGGCGAAGAUUGAAUACUUCCCGUACCUCUUGCAUCACUCGAACCCAGGCACACAGACGAUCGCGCAAUACCAGAAGUUUGUGCCGUUCUUCCACAAGGAGGGCAGCGAACGCAUCGGUGGUGAAGUCGACGGACAGGAGAUCUUGCCGGCCGGAAGUUACACUGUGGAGCGUGACAUUAAUGUGCGACCUGGAGGAAAGCUGAUCUUGAAUUCGGGAGUCAUCCUAAACUUUGCGCCCAGUGUGGGCAUGAUGGUGACGGGCAAGCUCGAGGCUCGUGGUCGAGCUCCUGACGAUAUCCUGUUCACGUUGAAGCGCGAGGCUGUCAUGCUGGAUAACGACACUACGGAAGCGAUCGUCGCCGAUCCGGAGUUUGCAAUGGACAUCGAAACGGAGUCGAUCGUGGAGAAGGUACCGCAUGAAUCGCAAACACCGAAAGUGCCAGUGAGGCUAGUUGGAGGUGCGAAUGAUCAUGAAGGUCGGCUGCAGGUGUACACUGAAGGUGUAUGGGGUACAGUGUGUGAUUACGGGUGGACCAUCACGAAUGCCGCUCUGGUAUGUCACCAACUGGGUCUUGCGUUGAACCCAAUGGAUUGGCGAUUGCAGCGAUCGGAAGUUCCUGGUUCCGGUACGACCGAAGACGUGCUGUUGUCGAAUGUGCGAUGUACUGAGCACGACAUCGACAUCACCAAGUGUCGCGCGGAACGAGCCUCACAGGGUGACUUUGAGAAUUCCUGUGGCCAUGAGAACGAUGUUGGUGUUCGGUGCUACGAAGGUGCCUGGGCUGGUCUGCGGUUUGGAGUACUGGCUGAACGCGCUGACCUGCAGUAUGUGACGAUCGAGAAGGCGGGUUUGUUCGACUACGUCACGAACACCUUCAAGCCGGCGCUCCAGAUGGACCUGGCUAGACAUAACCUGGACAGCGUGCGAGUGGUGGAAAACCUGCAGGAUGGAUUAGGUAUCAUCUACUCGGACAUAUAUGCCGGGUCGUCGGUUAACAAUGUGAAGAAUUCGGAAUUUUCUGCCAACCGUGGAAACGGCAUCAGCAUCAAGCAGCUCGGGCUGAAGGUGCAAGGGAGUAUCAUCAAGGAUAACCGCGGAUCGGGCAUUAACCACGAUCAGGUCGUUUCGUCGCUGGAACAACGUGAGAUCACGAGCUGGUUCAACAUGGUGCCGGACUUUAACGUGGACGAUUCCGACUACCGGCCGAUUAUGUUACCGGAAAGUGCCACUACCAACAUCGACAUCGAUCAGUGGCAGAUCAAGCACAUCAUCACAACACCGGUGCGGGGUGGACAAGUCGAACGGAAGAUUAUCAUCCAGUGUCAGCCGGGCUACGUGAUCGGCAUACAGCUGUUGAAUCCGAUCGAAAACCGCUCCACCGAAAACAUCUGGAUCUACGACUCGCUGACGGGCAGCAGCGAGAGCGACAUCUGGCAAGUGAAACGUGAUCUGUCGGUAUUUCCUCUCACAACCAGCAGUUACGGAGCGAUUCUGCAGUAUCGUAGCGGACCAGCAGCACUUGGAGGAGCAGUACUUGUGCUGCGUUCCAUCCAGGCUCCGAUCCAGAACAUCUACAACCGGAUCGUGCGCGGGCCAGUGCCAACGCUUCAGGUGACGUCUACCAAAAUCCAGCGUAACUUCCGAGGUCUCACGGGGACGUACUACAACCGGUAUCUCGGUGAAUCGGGAGAGCUGUACCUGCGGAAGGCCAACGAAUCGAUCAAGCUUGUCAACUGCGAGAUCAGCCACAACCGUGAGGAGGCGCUGUUCAUCCAUUCGCCGUUUUGGGACGUACACGUGAGCAACAUCUCGGAGAUCACCAUCCACGUCAACAACAGCUUGGUGCGGGAUAAUGGGCGCGGUAUUAGACAGUUCUCCAAGGACUUGCGAUCCUCGAACAACCUGUUCCAUUACGUGCUGCAGGACACGACAGUGGAAAGCAAUUCGUACGGUGGUCUGGAGUUGAGCCUGCCGUACGUGUGGCAGUACAACGAGAACUUCACGCACUCCGUCUUCCUCGGCAACGACACGUGGGCCAGAAAUCGAAAGUUCGGCGUAAUGAUAGAUGGUCACUACGCGGCAAUCAACAUUUCGUCUAACAUCUUCACAGAGAACGUGUGCGCUCAGGGUGUUAUUGGGUUCCGUGGGAUGGAGAAGAAAAUGCGCAUCGACAACAAUCGCAUCACGCGGAACUACGGUAGCUAUAUGGUUGAGUUCCGGUCGGACAGCCAGAGUGAGAUUCUCGGCGAGAUACCAGCGCUGUUGGCGUUCAACCAGAUCGAGAGCAACGAGGAACUAAAGGACACGCGAUCUUCGAUGCGUAAUUUCAUCCGUGGUGAACGACACAACGCUAACGAUCCGACGUGCGUGAUUGGAUUUGGGGGUGUACAGAAGGUCCAGAUCUACCGAAACGUGAUCUCGAACAAUCAGCAGAACUACGAUCUGAUUGCGGGCGUGAAAUCCGCCCGUUUGAGGAAUUAUCUCGAUGCUCGAGAAAACUGGUGGGGUAGCAGCGACGAGUUGCACAUUCGCAAACGCAUAUUCGACUUCGACGAUUGGAACAACCACGCGGAGGCGUUGUACCGUCCGUACCUGAUCGAGGACGUAAUCGAUGGUAGCGUGUCUGUGAGCGAAGGUCCAAGCCCGCCAGUCGAUCUGGACGCGCUUGGUGGCCGAAUCCAGGAAAAUCUGAUGAUCUACCGGCGAGAAACACCGUACGUCGUUAGAUCCGACAUAACCGUCAUGCCUGGGGUGACAUUGAGCAUUUUCCCGGGUGUGGUGAUGGAGUUCGCUCCGAACGUGGGCAUUCUGGUGCUUGGAACACUACUUGCACGUGGUACCAGCGAUGCCGAGGUGAUCUUAAGACCCAUUGAGAGCGCUUCGGAGUCGAUGGUGCGUGUUGAGCGUUCACUGGAAAACAUGGUGAACUACGACUCGAUUCGGCUCUGCACCAAUCGCAACUGCUCGCAAGGCGAAGGUGAACGUGAGCGAGUGAAGGAAGGCUUCCUGGAGUACUACAACCACACAACGCUUCAAUGGAUUCCGAUCUGCGAUCGACGGUUUACGGAGCGAAACGCACAGGUGGUUUGCCGCGAGUUGGGGUACGAUCCGCUGGACGUUUUCUUUGGUCACGAUCGCAGGAUCGAGUUUCACACGAAUUCGCUGACACGCAUCUGGUCUUGGGUGGAACCGAUGGAAUGCCACGGUGACGAACCACGGCUGGAAGAAUGUCCGGAAAGGUUGAACGGACAGUUGUACGGUCGCCGGCACGAGUGCCAGUGGGAUUCGGAGUUUGUGUUCAUCAGCUGUAAUGGAGAUUCGGAACGCCGCAACUAUUGGGGAGGAGUGCGCUUCGCGAAUCAGGACUUUGAGGCGAGCAUGUACGAACACAGGUUGCAUGACGCGUUGAAGCACUCCACCACGCAACCGGUCGAAAGUGUGAUGGAUUUCGUGAGGAUCCAUCGUGCGGGUAUGCUGCACGGUGAAAAGUCUCCCGCCAUCCAGACGAUAGCUAAGAAUCCGAGUAUCUCGUCGGUGUCGAUCAGAGACAGUGCGCACCAUGGGGUGAAUUUGAUUUCGCCAACGAACGCGAUCCACCUGAACCAUUUGCAGAUUCUGCGGAGUCUUGGACAGGGCAUUAAUGCGAUCUCGUUAACAGGCGAAGGACGCGAGAGCGAUGAGUCGAGCUAUAGUCCGCUGAAGGACCUCGAUUUGCCGUACAAUCUGUUCUCGCUGGUCGAUAUCUGUGACACGAACAAAGAGAUUACGCUGGAGGAGCGUGUUCUUGUGUACUACAAGUACGACAACAAUCCGGUCAAUUGCGUGAAGAUCUUCAAGAGUGCGUAUCGCGUUAAACCUCUCGGGUUCCGCUUGCUGCAGUCGAACCUGUUCAACCACUCGAAGGAGUACGGACGCCGGGACAUGAUCCAGCUGAUGGAUGGCGACAUCUACAACGUUUCAUCGCGUAUCAUCGGUACCGUAGAUGCUGAUUCCGACAAUCAAAAGCGCCUGUUUAGGACGAUGGAGCCAGCUCUGAGUGUACGGUUGAUUGCAAGUGGAGCACCGGCCCGACACGGAUUCAUUGCGGAAGUGGUCACUCUACCUAUAUCGGCUAUCGGAUUCAAUCGUGACGCUCAGCACAACAUAUCGAACACAGAGAUUCAGGGUUGCGUUGGUGGUGCUCUACAGUACACAUCCGUCGGCGAAGUGUCCCCGAUGCUUACGCUGGAGAGAAACCGAAUCAUGAGCAAUUGCCGUCAAUUGUAUGGAAAUUUCUCGUCUUGCGAGUCGGCGAUCAGGAUCGAUGUUCAAAACAUGCAGUCGUUACACUUUAGGAACAAUUUGGUACAGGCGAACCAAGGCGGUUUGUCUAUUCGUGCGGACUCUCGCGGUUCAGCUACAUCGUUGCGUGGUUGGAUUCAUCACAAUCUGUUCGCACGCAAUCGCAAUCGACCCGCGAUCAACGUUGAUGGGCGACAGUCUUCACCGUACCAGGAAGUGAUCAUCCACAACAACUACAUCACACAAAACGACGCAACCUUCCGGGAUGUGGUCGUACUGAAGCAGGUCGUUUCGAACUUUACCUACAACUACGUGCACCGCAACAAGGGACUGCGGAUUAUACAAGUCUCAGGCUUCGAUCGCGUACGGCUUCCGAUCUACCAGACUACGACCCACAACGGAUUCUAUGAUAAUGUGGCUACUGAUUGGGAAGGACGAGCUACGAUCGUCGCUGGAACCGCCGGGCAACACUACAUCGAUAACAUUUUUGCCAACCCAGACAACGAUUACGAAAUCAUCACCGUGAACCGUUCCAUAAUUGAUUUCCAGUACUGGAAUAGCACCUUGGAUGUGUGGAAAACGAAAAUCGACGCUCGGCACAACUACUGGAGCUACAACGAGACGCUGGCGGUGAGCUCGCGAAUACGCGAUCGCUUCGAUGAUCCUCAACUGUUGGAGGUGUCCUUUUUGCCGCUACACAUGAACAACUUAACGGUGUUGGAUGGCAAGUGUCCGCCCGGUUGGACGUUGCUUAUCGACACGUGCUACAUGUACGUUGGUGCUCCGAUGAGUUUCCGGGAGGCGCGUGAUUUCUGUCGAUCGGAUAACGCCUCGUUGCCAUUCAUUCACGGUGAUUCGAACACACUGUGGUUAUUUAUUGAGCAGCAGUCAAGGUCGUUGCGGAACUACGAACGUGUGUGGGUGCAGGAUGCAAAUUAUAUCGAUCGCUGCACGUCCUUCCUUUACCAGAACGUUGAGGUGGAGGAGUGCCACAACCGGCACGCAUUCUUGUGUGAAAUCGAUCCAAAGGUUGAAAUUGAUCCCCUCCACUGGACGGCGAGUGUGGAGGUGAUCGGAAUCAUCGUUGCCCUCGCACUGCUCCUGGUACUGAUCUGCGUUGUGUGCGUGUGCUGGUGCAGUAAGUCUCGCUAUCGAGAGGCACAACGAUUGCAACGACGCAACAGCAUUCGGCAGAGUAUGCGCAGCCUGAACAGCAUCGAUCCACAAGGAUCCUUACGCAGGAGAAACUAUGCAAUGUCACGAUCAACGGAUACGCUGCGUACCGCCACUACGAACGACUACAAACGAAUGGCAUCGAACGGGUCAAUUGAGUCCGUGGAUAAGAGUGUUCUAAGUACCGAAACUAGCUACGAUAUGUACGAUCAUAAGCAGAAACAACAGUACAGCAACGAGUACGCUGAGCAGCUGAAAAGCCAGCUCGGUUACAGCGAAAGUAAUGGUGCUGCCUCUGAGUAUGUCCCGAACGGAACUAGUCCUGCGAAAACGAAGGUGUACGGAUUGCCGGAAUAUAGCAGCCACGCAGGAAGCAUCGCGCUGGAGCUGGCUUUCCGCAACGAAGGUUUCAGGGAUACUUCGACGACUUACUCGGGUGUGACCCGCAAUAAUUCGAUAAGCACUGCCAUCAACGAAGACACCCCGAUAAUACACGCGCCAGGAGGCGGCGAGGAGAUCGAAGAAAAUGGCUCGGAUUAUUACGGCAACUCGAGCACACUGCCCAUGCGAGUGCAGGAUAAACUUUACUUCCUGAACGAAAUGAAUCACCAGCUGCCAGAGUACGAGCCGCCGACGACGUCCAUCAGUCACAGUAGCUUCCAACCGGCAAGAAACUCGCAAACUGGCUCGAUAUCGAGUGUACAGAGAGUUCCACCGGCUCGUCCGGCUCCUCCAGUGGUACCUCCUUUGGGCCACGUGUACCAGCAACCAUCGAUGCAGGUACGCCGGCCAGCACCUCCCGAACCGGAGCAAAUGCGUCGUCCCGAUUCGUACAUGAAGGCUGUGAAGAAGUACGCAACUCCCGGCCGAGAACGGGAAUCGAUUUUGCCACCACCGCGCAUGGAUAGCCAGCGGCCAAAGACACUGUAUGAGUCCUCCGGGGAGCAACAGGCACCGGUAUCUCCUAUCAUAGAUCCGUCAGCCACCAUGCCAUCUGGCCGAUCCAACUACUCACGGUCAAAAUCGGAAGCAUUGCUGGAGACGAACUUUGAUGGAGCAGCCACUAUCACACCCGUGUUAAGUGCGGACAGUCGAAGCCACUCACAACCGCUUGAAACUGCUAUGUGAGAAAGUGCAAAACGUUUAGAGCAUUCUGGGAAUUGAGUGCAUAUACUCCAACAUAUUUCAUGUUAUUUGUUUGUUUUGUAAACGAAUUGUACAGCUAGACUUA